AUGUUCUCUGGCUCGGGGAGCGGCAAGAAACCGCAACAGCAGCUUCAGGCCAAGGAAAUGGUACAGGUUGGAUCUCCUUUCUGGAAAGCGCCCAACCAGCGAGAAACGACGCCGAAACGAACGAGCCGCGAGUCCGGCAUCGUGGUCGGCGCCGCCUAUUCCCACGCUGACAUUCUCAGGCUCGAUCAACUGUCUUCUCUCCAAUAUGAAGAGGAGAAAAAGAAGAUUGCCUUGGGCCAGAGCGCAAUAGACGAUUCACCAGGCGCGACACUAUCCCCCAGGUUAGAUGGUUCGUUUGGGGCGUUCCAUUCCAGACGGUACUCCAAUAGCGCAGAUAUCGCCAUCGAGCGGCCGGCCCCAUCCUAUCCCUUACCCAAGAAAAGCGAGGGUAAGAUUCUAAGACCUCAGUACAAGGAAAUAUUACGAGACCCCGCCAACGCACUCCACUUAAUCAACUAUCCCUCCAUCCCCGCCAACGCCACGCCCAAGGAAGCCGAAGCCAUCAACUCCAAAAUCUCCCGCAUCGACAAGUUCAAGAAACUUCUCCAAGCGACCUCCAUAUCCCUCCCCGAACUGCGCAAGCUAGCCUGGUCGGGUGUCCCCGAAGAGGUGCGCGCCAUGACCUGGCAACUCCUCCUCAGCUACCUACCCACCAACAGCGAGCGUCGCGUCGCCACCCUCGAACGCAAGCGCAAGGAGUACCUCGACGGCGUCCGCCAGGCGUUUGAUCGCGCUGGCGUCGGCGCCCAGUCCGCCGCGAACCCGGGCAAGGCCCGCGGCCUCGACGAAGCCAUCUGGCACCAGAUCAGCAUCGACGUGCCCCGCACCAACCCCCACCUGGAGCUCUACGGCUACGAAGCCACGCAGCGCUCCCUCGAGCGCAUCCUCUACGUCUGGGCCGUGCGCCACCCGGCCAGCGGCUACGUCCAGGGCAUCAACGACCUCGUCACCCCGUUCUGGCAGGUCUUUCUCAGCGUCUACAUCGCCGACCCCAACAUCGAGACGGGCAUGGACCCCGGCCAGCUGCCCAGGGCCGUUCUGGACGCGGUAGAAGCCGAUUCCUUUUGGUGCCUGACCAAGCUGCUCGACGGGAUCCAGGACCACUACAUAGUAGCGCAGCCCGGCAUCCAGAGGCAGGCCGAAGAACAAGGCUUCUCCGAAUUCCACCUCUACGUCUGCGCCGCCUUCCUAGUCAAGUGGUCUGAUAAGCUCGUCAAGAUGGACUUUCAAGAAAUCAUGAUGUUCCUCCAGAGCCUACCCACCAAGGACUGGGGCGAGAAGGACAUUGAGAUGCUCCUCAGCGAGGCCUACAUCUGGCAAAGCCUCUUCAAGGGCUCUUCCGCGCACCUAAAGGGCUCCACGACCGGGCGCUCUCCCCUCGGCAAUCUACAGCUGUGA